UGCAAACUUUUUAAUUAUUGGAUAUAUGGUGAAUUAGCGCGAAAAUAUGACUAUAAUUAUAUUAGGAAAGUUAUUCCUGCAUUUGGAGGCGUUAAUCUUGUAUUGAAUGAUCUUCUUGUUGAUGAAUUUGAAGAAUCUUAUAGGGAUAAAUGUGAAGCUUAUUUUGAUAUAACUCAACAGGAUGACUGGAAAAAAGGAAAGGAAUUAUACGAAUAUUAUUUUGAUUAUGAAGACCUUUUUUCUCUGGCUCAAUCCGGUGAAGAUGAAGAAUGCACAUAUUAUAAUAAAAUUCAAGAAAACAAAAUUAUUCGAUUAUUUCAAAGAUCUUUGUGA